AUGCUUAAAGACUAAGUCAUUCUAAGGGAGGUAACUAAAAGUGACAAAGUGAAAGUAGGAGGAGCGAACAAAACGAAAAAUGUUGCGAAAAACGAAUAGCUACUGAUUUUAUUUUAUAUAACACAAAUACAAUAUUUUAUGAAAUGUCAGACCAAAAAGAUGAUGUGAAGGUUGAGCAUCAACAGGAUACUUUAAAUGAAGAUUCUAGUGAACAUACAGAUGAUACUAAUAAUGCAACCGAAGAAGAUGUGAAAACAGAUAGCAAGGGAGAUAAUUCUACAGAUGACCAAGGAAGUUCUGAGUUGGCUAUAAAUCCAGAAACAUUAGAAAAGUUAACUUUAGGAUUCCUGUCUCAUUGUUUACCAGAUUUACAAAGAGCUAAAGGAUCAUUAACUGAAAUAUUAACCAGUCAGAACAUUUUACAUGAAACAGCACAAAAUGAAAACAGUAAAUUUAAGAUGAAUGAAGACGUAGAACAAACUAUGGCCAAAAUGAAGCUUUACCAUGCCAAGUUGUUAUAUUUAAAGAGGGAAAUGAAUCACCUUGGAGAGAAGUCAUUUAAGCUCAAGAAGAGAGGAAUAAAACUUCAGCAACAGAAAAUUAAAGAGGAAUUACAGAAACAAGAACAAGAAGAGAAAGAAAAGAUGAGGGAGGAAAUGUUAACAGCCAAAAUUGCUAAGAAACGAUCAUCUAGCCAAUCAGAAAAGAGCUAGUAUCAUGUCUAGCCAAUCAGAAAAGAGCUAGUAUCAUUUAAAAAUACUUUGAAUUACUGUUUUACUUGCAACUUCCAUAAAAUUUUAUUUUUAAAAAUGCUGACCAAUGUGAUAAUGUUUAUUAAUGGCACAAUAGUUAUUUGUUGGUGUUUGAACUAUUAACAUGAGGCCGGAUGAUGCCUAUUAUAACCUGUUAUUUUGCUUAUUCUUUAUUUCAUUUUGAAAAAGAGGCCAUGAUUCUAGAUUGUUUUGAUAAUGAC